GACAGUGGCAGGUGAGGCCUAGGACUACUACCAAAAGUUAAUUAUCCUUUUAAAAGAAUUUUUUUUUUGUUAAUCUCUCAUCUUUAUUUGAAUAUAUGAGCUUUGAGAAUACACCCAUGCAAUCACACCACAUCAGUUUUGCUUUUGUUGUUGUUGAGGUUUUCAGCAACUGACCUCAUUAUGGGACAUUGCCAAGUAAGCAGCCGGUGCAGUAAUAAGAAUUGGACGCCAGCUUGAAGGUGUGAUGUGAUGGCCCACAGUGUUGAAAGCUCACCGUGAUGAACUUCAUUAGACACCCAUGGACCAGUUUUGCAUGAUGCAUUAAAAGAAGGCACAGGGAUUCACAGGUUUUUGGGGAAAAAAAUGGAGUGUUCCUCUCUGCUCGUUGUUACUCUGGCAUUGUGUCACCCUUCACUUGGAAGCGUUUCAGAUUCACACGGCAAUUCGGAUGCAAGGACUCAAAGCACAGAGACCAUCGUCCAUCCAGUUAGUGACGUCAUCAGAGGGAACAGCAGUGUGCAAGGCAGUGGAGAUAGACUUGAUACUGCAAUCCUUCCUUCGGGUGUGGACCACACUGUCCAAACCCGUGUGUUUCCCUCGAUGACCAAUUUGUCAGGAUCUGGACAACCCUGCAUUCAAAGCCCUUGUCAGCACAAGGACUUUCUCACCAAUUAUAACGGCACCAACCUGCUGUGGGACGACAUGAGGCGCACGCUGGCGUUCGCCUGGGAAAUCCACGUCUUUGGCUCGGCCAGCCUCUUCAUUCUGAUGGCGUCCCUGGCCGUUUUAGGAACGGCUGUUGCCUCCACUCUCCCUUACCCCCACUGUGGUGCUCUGAUGCUGGCUAACUGCACCCUGAUUGCGAGCGGUGCUCUGCGGGCCGUUCACCUGCUCCUGGAUCCUUACGGUACUCGUCAGAUCCUGUCUCACACUACGCUGGCAGCACUGCAGAACAUUCCCAUGCAGCUGUUCCUGUGGGCUCAGGUCACCCUCACACUUGUCACUCCCAGGAGGUUCAAAUUAUUCCUUUUCCCAGUCAUGUUACAACAGUCCCAUGUGGUUGCGGGGCUGGUUGUAUCACAUUGCACUGUUUUGCUGGCAGCAGACUUACAUUUCACUACUUUCUUUCCACUUUUCCCUCUUUUGCUGCAGAUGCUGUCACUCUGCUGGGGGCUUCCAUUCUGUCUAGAACUACUCAUUAAGUCCCUUUCCCAUUUAGAUAUGUUCCUCAGGUCAUCGCUUCCUCGUGGGGUUCCAUCACAAAGGAUUGAGAGGUGUGCAAAGCGAGUAACGGCGGUUUGUGCCUGCCUUGGCAUUAUGUGCUGCAACCUUCAGAUUUGUAGUCUGCUGUGGCUCUAUGGCCUGAUGGGCAACUGGAGGCGCUUCGGUUGGUGCUGGUGGCUCAGCCAGUUUUGGGCCAGGAUUCUUGAGUUAGCUUGGGGUUCCUCAUUGCUUGUUUUGGGGUCCUGGAUCUUCUGGAUGCCAGCCAGGACGCACAGCAGAUGUGAGAUGUCUAAAAGAGGGGGCAAGACAACCAGUUUAUGGGACAGGGUCUUAGCCGAUGUCCGAAAAGGGCAACUCAAAAGAACUGAGAAGAAAUGGAGAGAGCUGAUGCCAAAUAACCUGGCAAAGCAUAACUUCUCUACAGCAAGUUUCAGCAAUAGCAUGAUGUGUCCAUAUGACGAUCAACCAUCUGUCAUUGCAUCAGAAUACAAGCAUGAUCCUUUUGACAAUAACAACUAUGACUCGCAGGCUACACUCAUGUGGCAAAGAGUUGGUGAGCGAGAAUGUAUUCUCUCGCUUAUAGAAUUUGACACGAGGCCCCCAUCUCCCAUUAACCUGAGGCUCAAUGUUGACAGUGCGCUUCAUCACGGACAGAUUCUGGCCGGAAGCCUGUUCACACCUCCUCCCCCCUCUUGGAUGGAUUCUGAUGUAGAGAAUGGUACGGCGUUCCCCCCACCUUAUGUUGCCUAUGGUUGGAUGAUGGAUACAGAAUCCAUUCCUACAUCUCUGGACCACUUCCAAGAUCGAGAGCCAACACUGCCGAGCAACGUGGCCACUGAUCACUGUUAUAAUGGGGAGUCACCAAAAAGAUAUCAGGGAGAAGAUCUUAGUUCAAGGUUCUCAGCGUCGACACAUCAAAAUGAUUGGUCUGAUGAAGAUGUCACAGACCUUUAACUUGCUGCAUUUUGUGGUACACUUUGCACACUUGGAGGAGUUCCCUUACAUGCAGUAUUUUCCAAGUUUUGGGUAUUUUUAUUCCAUUGGAUUUAUUGUCCAUUUCCGUUACACUUUACAGUAUUUGCUCAUCUAAAUAACAGGACAAUUGUGUUCACUACACCUACUCUACAGGAAAUGACACAAUUUAAUUAUUUUGACGUUAAGUAUACAAAUUGACUGGAAUCAAGAUAUUCAUCUAAAUUUAAAAAAGAACAUGUCAACAUAAGUUGGAAAUUCUAACGGCAGAUGACAAAUUGCAGUUACAAAUUAUUAUAUUUUUUUGUUAUUUGCAUAUAAAAGAUAUGGUCCAGUUAUUUGUCAUGAGCAGUCACAAUAAAAAGACAUUCGAGUUUGUCGUAUUUGUAAUAUUAAGUAGUUACUAUAAUCCAUUAAAAUGAAAACAAAUCUUACGACUAAAUGUGAUGUUUUAAAUAAAAUGCAUUAUAUAAAUUAUCAUGUUAUGAUUUGAUAAACAUGUGAAAUUGACACAUCAAUGUAAAUAUUGUUUAACUCAUCUUUAUAAGGCUUUAAAUCUUUAAA